UUCCAUGAGACCCUGAACUAGUUGACCAGCUAAAGCUAAAAAAUGGCUUGGUUUAGCUGCUGAUGGUUGCUUGUUUCUCUUCAAAUGUCUGUCACAGCGCGAUCCCAAAAUCAGUAGAAGAAGAAGAAGAGAAGAGAGAAUGGGAGGAGGUGUCUUUUACUACAUAUUCUCGUCAGCAGGACUGAUUGCACUAGCGCUCUACCAUCUCAUCUCCACCACCACCACCUACCUCAAAUCUCCACACGCUUACAUCGCCAAACCCUACUACCCUUUCUCCUCCUCCCAUCGCUUUAAAUACCUCCAGCUUUACCUCCUAGUCCUCUGCCUCCUCGUUGCCUUUGCUCACCAAACCCUAGUUUCCUCCGACUCCGACCCGCUACUCAAGGGGAGUACACCUGUCCACCGCUUCACCUCUCUCCAAUCCGCCGCCGUCCUCUUCCUCUUCCUCAUCCUCUCCCUUUCUCUCCUCAUCUCCGACUCCACUUCCCUCCUCCCUCUCCCUUCCGAUCUCUUCUUCGCCCUCGCCUCCGCCGUCUUCUUCCUCCAGUCCUCAUCCUCCGCCUCCUCCGCCUCUGUCCAGACCUCCGAUCUCCAAGCCAAAUGCGACUCCGUCUCCGCCCAAAUCUCCGCCCUUGCCGCCCUCCUCUGCCUGAUCCUCGCUUGCCAGCCUAGAAUGUUCGUUGCGGAUGUGGGAUUGGGCGGGGCUGUUUGCUUGCAGGGACUCUGGAUGCUCCAGACAGGACUCUCGCUUUACGUGGACGCGUUUAUUCCUGAUGGUUGCCACAAAUUGCUGGAUGUGGUGAGAGGUGUGGAGGGAUCGACGAAGUGUGAGUUGGAGGAUUCUAGAUUGAGAGCGGUGGCUAUUUUGGAUCUGGUUUUUGUGGUCCAUGUCAUGUUUGUGGUGCUCAUUGUUAUGGUUACUUAUGGUGUUAUUGCUAAGAGUUAUGGGGUUCGAAGAUUAGGGGGAUCAUACGAGGCUUUGCCUACUGCUGCUUCUUCAGUUGCUGAUUCUUCUUCUAAUCAUAUUCAAAUGAAGGCCUUGACAGGCACGCAGGCCUGAUCUUUGGUUGUGAUCAGGGCAGAGAUUUUCAAGGCUGAAUACAAAUGCAAUAGAUUACAUAAUAUCAGCUUGUAGUGAGUACUAGCGUUUCCUUGUGAUAUUGACCCUGUUAAAGGACUGUUGAAUUGGUUGUCUUUCUAUGUUUCCCUCUACGGCCACCAUUAUUUUUGAAGGCAGGGUCGUUUUCUUGUAGCUAUGUUUGCUCUCUGAGUUGAAGGCGCCAAGUCUCUAUCAUUCUCGUUUGGAGUACAUUCUUGGUGCUUCCUUGGGGCCAACUGAUGGAUAGCUACCUUCCUAUAUAGACUUGUUAUUUUUAUCUUUUGGAAGAACUUAGACUCUUGAAUUUCUUGAAGAUCUUUGGGUGUUCUAUCA